AUGGCUGGUGAAAAUACGACAACCUCCAGCAUCCAUGACGAUGAUGAGACUUCUCUCUCCAUCAACAGCUACGAGCAGCCCGACGGCAGUGCCGAAGUUGAACCCGCCGCUCGAGACUUGGAAAAACAGACCACGACGGCCUCUGCCGUGUCGAAUUUGGCGCAGCGCACGCAGUCGGUGAUCUCUAGGCUCCGCAGUCGGGACCCUGGUCAGGUUGCGCGCUUUACGCAUCCACUCGCUCAUACCAAGACAUCGUCGGAUGUGAUUGUCGAUUUUGACGGCCCCGAUGACCCAUACAGACCUGUGAAUUGGGGCUUCUACAAGAAGGCGGUGACUACUGUGCUCUAUGGAUUGACAACUAUGGGUAAGAUAUGCCUUUUAGCGAACAAUACUCCCGGCUGUUCAGACGACCUUGGUGCUAACUAUGGACGGUUAUCAGGUGCUACAUGGGCGAGCGCAGUCUAUACACCAGGAAUAGGCCAGAUCGGCGCCCAAUUCGACGUUGGAGAGGAAGUCGGUAUGCUGGGCCUCACGUUCCUGCUGCUUGGAUUCGGGUUCGGGCCUUUGAUCUGGGCGCCGCUGUCCGAAUUAUACGGACGCAAACCCGCUGUCUUGGCGCCGUAUUUCAUCGCUGCGAUAUUUUCCUUCGGCACCGCGACGGCUAAGGACAUUCAGACCGUCCUGAUCACGCGAUUUUUCGCGGGAUUCUUUGGCUCGGCGCCCGUCACGAACACGGGUGGCGUGCUCAGUGAUAUUUGGUCGCCGGAACAGCGAGGCGCGGCCAUCGUCGGAUAUGCCAUGGCCGUGGUGGGAGGUCCAAUUCUGGGACCAAUCGUCGGUGGUGCUAUCGUUCAGAGCUAUCUUCGGUGGAGGUGGACUGAAUAUAUUACCGGAAUCUACAUGAUGUUUAUUCUGACUCUGGAUGUGCUUCUCCUGGACGAGAGCUACCCGCCAGUGCUCUUGGUGUACAAGGCGCGCAGACUCCGCCACGAAUCGGGGAAUUGGGCGCUGCAUGCGCGGCACGAAGAAUGGGACGUGAGUCUGAAGGAGAUGGCGAACAAGUACCUGAUCCGCCCAUUCCGGCUACUUGUCACGCCAAUCUGCUUCUCGGUGGCUCUCUACGCAUCCUUCGUCUACGGUAUCCUGUACCUGAACCUGGCUUCCUUCCCCAUCGAGUUCCAAGAGGAGCGAGGCUGGAACAUGGUCGUGGGCGCGCUCCCGUUUCUCGCCCUGCUAGUGGGGAUCAUGAUUGGCGCCGCGGUCAACGUCACCAACCAGCGCUUCUACGUCAAGCGGUUCAAGGCGAACAACAACCGCCCUGUACCCGAAGCGCGCCUGCCGCCCAUGAUGCUCGGCUCCAUCUUCUUCGCCGCAGGCAUGUUCAUCUUCGGCUGGACGUCGUCGCGGCACAUCUUGUGGAUCGGCCCCGUCAUCGGCGCCGUCUGCAUGGGGCUGGGCUUCUUCACCAUCUUCCAGGCAGCCCUGAACUACCUCAUCGACACCUUCCCGACGACGUCGGCCAGCGCCGUCGCCGCAAACACGUUCCUGCGCAGCGUCUUCGCCGCCGCAUUUCCGCUCUUCACAGAUGCCAUGUUCCACAAUCUGGGCAUAAACUGGGCUUCCAGCGUGCUGGGUUUCAUCUCCGUCGCGUUGAUCCCUAUCCCGUAUCUGUUUUAUAUCUUUGGGAAACGCAUCCGUGCCAGGGGGAAAUGGUCGAGACCUUCGAUGGAUUGGUGGAUGCAUGGAUAG